UCACAUGACAGCCCGCUUCUUUGUUGGUAGGUCCAUUGAAAUUUGCAAGGUGAUGCAGGCGUCUGUGGUCGACAGGCAACGUCGAUAUCACUGUUACCGAGAUGGGACCACGAACCGGAAUUGUCCUUCUGUUUCUUGUUUGUGUAUCGAACCUGGAAGCCGCCAAUAUCCUCUUCCUAUUUUUUCCGUUAUAUAGUCACAUCCGGGGCUCUCUGAACGUGGCCACAGAGCUAGCAUCACGUGGUCACGUGGUAUGGAAUGCUCUUCCAACUGAACUGGCCAAUCACAAGGGCAUGCAGUUACCGGGCGUCAAUAUUCUGAAAUAUGAAUCCGUAGAUGACUACAACAUUAAGGAGAAGCUAAUCGAUCGUGUCAUUUCUGAUUACCUCAAUGAAACCAGCGCACCUCCACCAUUCGAGGUUGGGAUGCAAGUGUGUGAUCUUAUACUGAAGGACGAGAAGCUAUUUAAAGCUCUAUCUGAUCUACAUUUCGAUUUGAUUAUAUUUGACAUCAUCCCUUUGCCAAGGAUGCUGGCCAUAAUGGCAUAUAAGUUGGACGUGCCGUUUGUCUUCAUGGGGGCAGCGUUCGAACCCCAUGCCAGCCGGACUCCUUUUGUCCCCUCCGCACUUCCAUAUCCAAUCUUUCCAUGGUCAGAAGACAUGGACUUUUGGACACGUGUUGCAAAUGUGAUCCUUUUGACGGUACACGUAUACGUAUACGACCCCUUCUCCUUCUACGGAUGCGUCGCAACGUACGCCCCAGAGAAGCCGUACAUCUCUAUGGAAUCUUUGACAACUAAAGCCUGGCUGUGGCUCAUUGAUCAGGAACCAUUCCUAAACUACAACAGCGCCAAGUUGCCCAACGUCAUGGAGAUUGGAUCUCUGUCCGCGUCUGCGCCCAAACCCCUUCCCGAGACGUACAAGAAGUUCAUGGACGGAACGAAAGAGGGCGUGGUCAUUGUUUCCUUCGGAAGUAAUGUGAAAAGUCUUCCGGAUGUAAUAUCCAAGAAGCUACUGGAGGCAUUUUCUAAAACCACCUAUAAGUACAUCUUCAAAACGGAUGAAAAGGUAAAUUUGGGACCUAAGAUUUUGUUAACUAACUGGAUGCCGCAGUCGGAUCUUCUCGCCCACCCGAACACUAAAUUGUUUAUAACCCACUGUGGGGCCAAUGGUCAAAACGAGGCUUUCUUGAACGGAGUUCCCAUGAUUGGUUUCCCCAUGUUUGCUGAGCAGCCCUAUAAUGCCAAGAAGUUAGGUUACUUUGGAUUCGGUAUCGCGAUGGAUUUGAAAACGUUUACUGUUGAUGACUUGGUAUCCAACAUCAAUGAGGUUAUUCAGAAUUCUUCCUACUCACAGAAAAUCAAGAAAGCUGCGGAAAUCACGAAGCUCCGGGAAAGAAGUCCCAAAGAUGAAGCUGUUUACUGGAUAGAACACGUGCUCAAAUAUGGCGGCGCCCAUCUGAGGUCGUAUUGUCAGGACAUGCCGUUGUAUCAAUAUUUGUGUCUGGACGUCAUCGGGCUUGUCGUGUUCAUCUUCCAUGUGUGUAUUUUCCUUAUUUGGAAGUCGUGCCGCUUCUGUUGUAGAAGAACUGUUCAGAAGCCAAAAGCCAAACGUGAAUAAAUACUACCCAAUCCUG